CUCACAUUUCAGAGUACAUAGAAUGAAGAGCAGGACUAUCCCUUUCACUAACACCAAAACAUUUAAUCACCUUAUCUGUAUAUAAUCUAACCACAUCUUUGGUGGCCUCCAGACAUAGACACAUUUUGUUAUUUCUUUCCUUGCUUUUAGAUCAACAUUUCUCUUGCAAAGUCCCUUUACGGUUUUUAUGAAUAAUACCAAUAUCACACUGAGUAGAUAUCAGGAUAUAUCACAGCAACACGUAGAGCAGGAGUGCAUAACAAAGUCCAGCAAAGACACAUGUAAGGUGUUGCACCCCUGGAAAAGUAAUCCAGGAGUGCAGCAAAGGCUGAGAUCUUUCACAGAAGUCAGUGGAUAAAAGCUUAAAGAAUUGGAUCAGCUUGUGUCUGUUCUGAAAGGCAGAACCGGUUUUAUGACUUCAGCACCAGCACUGACUUCCUAGAGAAAUUUUUGGCAUAACCAACAGUCUCCACCCUUAUUUUCUUCUGUCACAUCUGAAUCAGAUUUCAUCAAUUCCUAUUUAUCCACUAAUCUUGAAGAGGGAGAGAGCCUGUGAUAGAAAGCCUUGAGCUGUGCACCUGGCCCAUAGAAACAAGUGCAGAAGCCACAAUAACUGUUUCCAUCUGCUAGAGACCAGAAUACAGAUCUGUUAGGCUGCUCCACUAAAAACAGUUUGUGUAUUCCCACAUGGUGCAUUUUGUGGGAAAAUAAGGCUCAUAGUAAUGUGGUUUGAAAUUACAACUCCUUAUACAAUGUUUUCCUUUUAUAUUUCUGUAGCAAAAAAGGCAAUUAACUUAAAUAUGAUAAAGAGAGAGAUUCUGUAAUUCUGAUCUGUCUGUGGCAGUGAUACUGGAUAGAGGCAGUUAUUGCUACUUGCUAGAAAUUAUUAGUUAACUUUGUAUUUAAAAUAAAUUUUAUUAGAAGAAUACAUCAAAAUACACGUUAGCUGUGUAAACUUCUUUGAUUGUGACAGUCUGUAGUCAAAGCUUUUUAUUUUUCCUGUGAGGAAACCAAAUACAUUUCCAGAAAUGUUACAUUCACUCUAUAUACAUCUACCUGGGAAGAAGACAUCCUACAAACUUCCUUUUCCAUGCUGGGUACUGCAGUAUUAGCCCAAUGCCAGUUCUGUAUUGUGAAAAAAUAAGUGAAAAAUGCAGAUAAUGUUUUGAAUCAAAAUUGUAAAAUAUUAAUAUAGCACUUAUUUAAUGAUUAGAAUGUAAUAUUAUUAAAUUUUUCAUAGAAAUAUGGUUAUAAGCAAAAAAAAGUAAAACUUAAAACUCCCAAAAUGAACAAAGCAAAAAUGCCAACCAAGCCCUAAUAGAUGAUAAAUGAGGCUAAUUUGGAAUUGAGAAGCAAUCACCAUAAAAAAAUCCCCAGUUUUAGAGACAAGAACAAUUAUGAUGAACUCCUGUUACGAGAUCUUUCUUCUCUACAGCUUGUAUUACUUAGCACCUGCUCUAGAAACAUCUAUAAAUAACCAUUUUCUGUUUCAGACAAAAUUUACAUUGAAAACUAUCUUGGUGCAGCUGCUCAGUUUUUCUAAAAUUGUGAAUUGCCAAAAAAGGAACAGUAAUUCCUUGGGGAGCUCAGAGUUAAAUCCUUUUCUGUAACACGAUCCCAUGUAGUGGAGCUGUGAUGGAAGUCCAUUAUUACUGCUAGCUGUUCUUAGAGUCGGUCAAACUGAGAAGCCUUCUGUAGAUGAUCCUUGCUCUUUUACAAUUUCUGUGCCUUUGUAGUUCCACAACUACUGCCCCUGAUGGCACAGUGCCCCAAAAAUGAAUACUUUGAUAAUUUGCUGCUCUCUUGUACUCCUUGUCACCUCCGGUGUUCCAGUGCACCACCGCCCUCCUGUGAAAGCUACUGUGAGAAGAGUACCGAUUCAAGUGGAAUUCUUUGGAUUUGUUUGGGCAUAGGGUUGAUUUUAAUAUUCACUCUGUUUACCUUAAUGGUCCUGUUUAAAUGGAAGCACCUAAAGCAACUAAAAGAAAAACUGGAAAACACAGACUCCUCUGUGGAGCCGAAUAAUAUUCUCAAGGCUAAUACUGAAAGCAGUGUGAAUACAGAAGAAAUUAGACACACACUUCCAAGUGAAACAUUAAUGUAUUCAGUGGAAGAAUGCACUUGCAGUGACUGUGGCUUGGUAAAACCUCAGACUGGCUGUGAGACUUCAUUUCCAUUACCAGCUACUGAAGAACGAGCUGCUGUUCUAGUUACCACCAAAUCUUUUGAUUAUUAUAACUACGUUCUGGGUGUUGGAUGACUGGGAGAGGAGUGUAUUUGUACUGAGUAAUAAUAAAUGAGUUAUUCCAGUA